AUGAUUUUAAGUUCCUUUUUAAGUAUUAAUCUUCGGCCGAAACUUUAUUCAUGGGUAAAACAAACAAGAAAUAUCCGACCAAUUAUAAAAGUAGGUAAAGAAAAAUUUCAAUUAUGUAUUGAUGUUCAUCAAUUUACUAAAAACGAAAUACGAGUAAAAGCUCGUCCUGAACACAUAAUUAUUGAAGGAAAACAAGAAAGAAAAACUCAAAAAGGAUGUGUAAUACGACAGUUUGUACGUAAGUUUAAACUUCCCGAUGGCUGUAAUCCCCAUAAAAUAAAAUCCCAACUGUCUGAAGAUGGUUUUUUAACUAUAACAGCUGCUAGAGACACUUGUGACGUGAACUGGCCAUGUGAAACCAUAGUACCAAUUUCUUACUCCAAAGAGUCCGAAUGUGCGAGUAAAAUUGAUGAUAAACCUUCUCCAUCAGAUAGAAAAAGUUCC